UUUAAUUUUUACGAAAAAUACCAAACAGCACAUAAUUAGUGAAGGUUGGAUUAUUACUUUCUGUAAAGAGUAAAGGCGGUUAGAAGUGUUCUUCAAUUAACCACUCCUUAAAACAAAACAGGGAAGCCAUUAAUGAACACAAAAUUCUGUCCGAACUCUUCUUCUAAUCUUCCGUUAAUCCCAAGUAUACAAUGCCCAGAGUGAGAAAUUGGCAGGCUAUUUCCAAUCCAGUUCCUGCUUUAAUUAUAUGGUUGAUUUCAGCUCUGACUUUCUACAUUCUGUUUCAAAUGGCGCUCCGUAAUUCAACCCCUUCUUCUUCUACAGGAUGGUCGUUAUCUAAUGUGGAAAGAAGAACAAAAUUAUAUGAUGAAUUGUCAAGGGAGUUGGAUGUGAAGGGAGCUGCUUUCCUAAAGAAUGGAGAAACUUCACAGUCCUUAUCCCUGUCGGAUCUUUUCACAGUAAAGAAUGGAGCUGUGACACCUGUCCUUAGGGCAGCAAAUCCUCCAGUGAGAGCAAACGUUUUGUAUAUGAGCCCUCAAUACUCUCUUCCUGUAGCGGAGGCUGUUCAGAAAGUAUUCAUGCCAUAUUUUGACAAAGUGAUCUGGUUUCAGAACUCUACGUUGUACCAUUUCAGCAUGUUUCAUGCUUCACAUCACAUUACUCCUGUUACUGCCUCAGAAGUAGAGAUUGAAGCUGAAGCAAAUGCUGUUAAAGCCGUCGCGAAGGAUGUAUGCCCAUUAAAAAUUUCCUUGGAUCGAGUGGUUUUGACUUCUACUGGUGUGCUUCUUGGUUGUUGGCAGGUUAUCUCUGGUUUGGAUCCUGCAGUCCUUCGUGAUAGGUUGAGAUCAGCUCUUCCCCAGGCACCAGCUAUUCAACUAUAUGAUAGUGCUAUUUUUCACACAUCACUUGCCAGGCUUCUUGGUCACCCAACUAAUUUUCCCAAGGAGCAGAAGAUAUCGGAACUGCAGUUUCUCCAUGAACUUGUAAAUGAGCUAAAUAGGAAGCUCCGUGGCUUUCAGGCAACAAUUUCUGAACUAUGGUAUGUGGAAGAGUAUGAUCUCUUGGCACUUGCCUUGAAUGGAAGAGUGAAAGCUCGCAAGUUUCAACUGAGCUGUUCAAAAACCUGAGAAUUCAAGAUGACUGUAGCUUUCUCCGUUGAUGUGAAACUCCCCGGCAUAGUAACGCUGCUCCAAAUUGUAGUUGGAGUCUUGGAGAUAGUAUAUAUAACAUCAAAAUGGCACAUUGAAAAGAAAAGAGGAUGUUUCUGAAUUAAAGUGUCUUAUAAAGGUUUUUUUUUUUUCCUUUGUAUAUUGUAUACGGUGUUCUAAGUAUAUUGCACUCGGACUAAUUUGUACCGAGUCGGAUCGGUCUCUUUUUAGAGGGAAAGUUUUCUCAACAUUAUUUUUUUCAUUCAGGAGACUUGAACCUGAGAUCUCGCUUAAGGGAAUUAAAGCAGCUUACCAUUGAGUGUUGGUUAUAAAGGGUUGAUAUAUGUUGUAACAUUUGUUUCCUGCAUGCAAUUGCAAUUUGCAGUUGGGCUCAGAAUGGCCAAUAUCUCAAGCCCAUUACUUUGCUAUUUAC